AUGCUCUCGCCGCCCAACCGCGCCGUCGCCUUGCUCGCUGCGCGACUUGUCUGUGCGCCGCUCGCCGCCUCCGACCGCAUCCAGGCCGGGCUCCGCGGCCGUGCCGCCGGGCAGCCUCCCGCCGCGUCCGGUGACUUCGCGCAGGGCUGGGCCGGGUGGAUGCGGAUGCGCGGCUUGGCCGCCGUCCGACUCGCCUUCCGCCAGCUCCCUCCCUCCCCCGAGGCGGGCGAGUGCCUCGUCUCGCUCAUCCUCGCAGCGCCGGCGCGCAGCUUGCAGACCACGCAGCCUGCAGACCACUUGCCGCCUGCGCAGCCGACCGGCGCCGAUUUCGAGGCGGCGCUGCUCGACGCGUGCGGCCGCUCCGAGCCGCCGCAGGCCCUCGCCCUCCUCGAGCGCUUCUGCCUCUGGCUGCGGCUCUGCCCCGAGAACUGCGAGCUGCUCACCGCCCAGCCGGCUCUCUGGCAGCCGCAGUUCGCGAGGCUCCUCGGCCGGUACGCGGGCGAGGUGGUGGCGGCGGCGCGGGGCAGGGGGGCGCUCGCCGCUUCGGCUUUGGCCGACUCCGUGGCCUCGCCACCGGCGCGGCGGUCGAAGGCGAGCGGCGCCGACGUGCUAACGAUGCUCAACGAGCUUCUGUGCACCUACCUCGUCGAGUCGUUGCCACUCGACCCGUGCUGGCGCGCGCUCGACCUCGUGCUCACGCUGGCGCAGCGCCUCGCCGCAGACCUGCCCGCUUCGACGCCCAAGCUGCGCCGUCUCUGCCGCGCCGUCCGCAUGCACACCCUCUCCGCAUUGCCGCCCGCGCAGCCCGUGCGCGUGCGUCUCAACGCGGUGCGCGGUGCGUCCGACCGCUGGCUGCGGCUGCGGGCCGCAGAGGGGGCGGCCGCGAUGGGGGCGGAGGCGGCGAUGAUCGGCUCGCUCCUCGCGCUGCUGGGGAGAGGCUCGCUCCUCGCGCUGCUGGACCCUCUCCUCGUGCGAGCGAUGAUGGACGACGAGGCGGACGCGCGGCUGCUCACCUCGCUCGCGGGAAGCUUCGCGCACGGCCUAGUCGGCGCGAGCACGCUGGCGGGGCGGGCGGCUUGCGUCGCCGCGCGGCAGCGGCUGCGCGAGCUGCUGUGGCGGGACCUCGAGCAGGGCUCCGCGUGGGCGAUGCUCGCGAGCCACGAGCGCGCGGGUGCGGCCGACGAGUCUUGGCCGGGCCGGCGGAAGCACGUGCUGCACUUGCUCGUCUCGCUCGCCUUGCCGCUGCGGCGGCAGGUGCUCGAGGUGCGCGACGUGCCGGGCACGCAGCUGCAGCGCGAGAUGGUGGAGGCGCUCGUGCCGCCGCUGCAGGGCCCUCCCGCGUGGAUGAGCGGCGCCUGCUCUCCGGAGCAGUUCCUCGCGGCCUUUGGCGCGAGCGCGUGGGGGCCGCUGCUCGACGCGCCGCUCCUGCGCGAGGCGGCGGCGGCGCUCGAGGCAGACAACGCGGCGCAGACGGCGGCCGCGGUGUCGGAUGCGGCCCAGCGGGUCGGGCUUGCGCAGGCGGCGUGGGCUUCCGUCGCGGAGGAGGAGGCGGAGCAGGGCGCGUGGGAGGCGCCGCAGGAGCAGGGCGCCGCCGCGCGCGCAGAGGAGCGGUGCGAGCUGCUCGAGUGCGAAGACUAUUGGCGGCGGCGGGUGCUGCAGCUGCCCAACUCGCAGCUGACGGACCACGCGCAGGCGUCGCUCGUCCAGCAGCAGAGCGGCGGUUCGGCGGUGCGCGACGGCUCCGUCGGCGACGACGCGCGCGAGUCGGAGGGGUCGCUCGCCAAGCUGAGGCAGGCGGCCAAGCUCGCCAAGACCGUGGUCCGCAUCGCCUCCGACGGCGCCGUCGACGACCCGCAGCUCGGCGACGAGGACGAGGAGGAUGAGGCGGCGCUGGACGUCGGCGUGGCGGACCUCGGCCCGCGCGGCGGCGGCUCGCUGCGCGUCUCGAGCGGCGAGGCCGGCGGCUCGCCCGCGUCGCCGCAGCGGAAGAGCGGCCAGCCGGCCGAGCUGCCCGCGGAGGCGGCCGCUUCUUCUUCGAGCCCGGCGUGGCUCUUCGACGAGCCUUGUGAGCUGGUCUGGCGGGGCGGCAUCCGGCAAGGCGCGCUGCGCGCCUCUUGA